CGGCAACUCUCCUCGUGAUGUAAACAAGGGUCCUCUUGCAAAAAAUGGAAGUUGAGAUGCAUAAUGGUAACAUAAGCAAUCGUAGAAAGAGGGAAAAAUGAAAUUUCCGAAGAGAAAGUUUUUUCUUCUCAUAAUUUUUGCCUAUGUAGGGUUUUCGCUAUACGCGGCAUACAACGUUUUCUUUAGCACAAAAGUUAUAUCUCGCGUACACAGGGUAGAGAAGAAAGAAGCAGGACCCUCUGGGGGUCUUCGAGAUGGCGGUGCUGCUCCAUUGACUGAAGAUGAGUGGAAUCCGUGGGAGGAUGAACAGGUGGAGUACAACUCCGCACUGAACAAAAAGCGAGAGGCCUUCAAACAGCAUAUGGCACGAAUUGAAAGGAGCAGACACAAAAGACACAAGGUCCAAAUCUGGGGUAAAGCAGCCAUAGGACUUUACCUUUGGGAGCAUAUAUUGGAGGGACCCCUCAACCCUACUGACAAGAUAGCACAAUGGAGAGAGGGCGAAUUUCUAUCAAACAAAAUAGACUUUAGUUUCUACACAGGUCCUGCUGUAAUCCAAGGUCAUGUCCCCUUAGAUAUGAACAGCCUGGUUAUUGUUCUGAAUGGUCGAGAAGAGCAGAAGGUGGCAUACUCCACACGUUGGCUGGAGCACAUCCGAGCUUUGGUUCAGUCCCACACGGUAUCUCACGUGGCUGUGGUCCUGCUGGGCAAUGAGCACUGCAACAAUGACUGGAUGGGGCCAUACCUAAAGAGACAUGGUGGAUUUGUGGACCUGCUCUUUUUAGUGUAUGACAGCCCUUGGGUCAAUGACAGAGAUGUCUUCCAAUGGCCUCUCGGUGUUGCUACAUACAGGCAGUUUCCCCUGGUGAGGCCCAAUGCUGAGAUGAUCACCUCCAACAGGCCAUAUCGCUGCAACUUCCUUGGUACAAUUUACAAGAAUUCCUCAAGGGAAACACUCAUGCAGGUUCUGAAACAAUCUGCCCUGGAGAAGGAUUGUAUUACCACAGCCAGGGAGAAAUGGCUCCCCCAGGAGACAGCAGACAGUCUAAAGCAUUAUCAAACUGCUCUGGCCCAGAGCGACCUCACGCUCUGUCCCGUUGGCGUCAACACGGAAUGCUACCGCAUCUAUGAGGCCUGCUCUUAUGGCUCAGUACCUGUGGUGGAAGAUGUAUUAACACCUCGGACCUGUGCGGCCGGGCACAGCUCUCCACUGCGUCUCCUGAAAGCAGCAGGAGCGCCCUUCAUUUUUAUUAGUGAUUGGCGGGAGCUCCCUGCUAUUGUGGAGAAGGAGAGAGGAAUGAGUCAGGAGCAGAGGGUGGACAGGAGGAGGAGGUUGCUGGAGUGGUAUGCCACUUUCCGUCAGCAAAUGAAGGAGAGGUUCACUGAGGUCAUAGAGGAGAACUUUUUCAAAAGUGGCUGAUUAUGCUGCUUAAAAAAAUAGCAAAAGUGGCAAUGAUCUAAUUGUGAUGAAAGUGGAAACAAUAUCUUUUGUGGUGAACCUGGUGAUUAUCAGUAUUCUGUUAUGUGCGGUUUAGAUUCUGAAUAAUAUUAGUAUUUUGUGAAUUGUGAACGUCUCUGAGACUUUUCGUUCUUGCCGAUCUUUAAAUGUUGGUGGUUAUUGAAUGUCCAGUGGUGUAGAAUUUAUAGGGAAUAUGUUUUUUUUUUGUAUACAGAGGGCCAUAUAUUUCAAUUACAUUUUAUAUGUUUGUAUGAAAUAAUUUUUGUGUGUGUGGAGAAAACGCACGAACACAGCAGUAGAAGUAGAGCAACAUUGUUUCAAGGCCUUGUUUGAAACGAGUACAUGAAUUAUUUUGUAUUGUGUUCAAACUUGAGAAUUGUGUAUUGUGUGUUUAAAUUAUUUAAAUGUGUCUAUUUAUUUCGGUUGCAUGGAUUUCUUUUAUUAAUUUUUUUUUUUGUCAGUGCAAAAGAAUAGUUUUUAAUCCAUCAAUCCAUCCAUUUAUAAUGCACGUAGGAUCUUGUGUUUUUCUGUUGGCGCAUUGGGAAUAUUAUAUCCUGACGAUGGCGCUAUGGUGGAAUUUAUAUGGGAUGUAAACAGUUGGGAUCUGAAUACAAUGCUGGGUCUUCAAGGCGUUUCAAAGUAAAUGUCACUCACUAAUAUUUGAUGAACACAUGCGUUUCGACCUUUCCUGAAGCAAUUUAACGUCGAAAUGUUUUCAACUGUUAAUGUUGAUCUGAAUGCCUUGAUUAUAUGUACUGUACUAUUUCUGAUAUGCAUUUUUAAAGUUAUGUUGAUGCACAGCCGAAGAGAAAAUGUUUUU